AUGGUGGUCCUGGUCCUGAUCGUCCUCGCGGCAGCCUGUGUGUUAGUGUUGGGGGUCGGGCUGUGGGUAGUUUGCAGCCAUUUUUUCACUACAGACAUCCCUGCAGCCAUCAGCCACCCUGUGAAACUGAGGGUCCUCCACUGCUUGUUCCAGCUGUUGGUGACAUGGGGGACGAUUUUUGAGAAACUGAGAAUCUGUUCUAUGCCCCAAUUUGUCCGUUUUAUACAUGAUCUGUGCCCCCUAAAGAAGGAACCAGAUGUCGCAGUCAAGGAUCUCCGAUUUGGGACGGUCCCUGUGAAGCUGUACUGGCCCAAGGCAUCCACCUGCACUCUCAGGCCUGGCAUUGUAUUCUACCACGGAGGCGGGGCCACCUUCGGGAGCUUGAAAACCCACCAUCACAUAUGCUGUCGUUUGUCCAAGGAGAGUGACUCAGUGGUUCUGGCAGUUGGGUACCGCAAGUUACCCAAGCAUAAGUUUCCAGUGAUGAUAACAGACUGCUUGGUGGCCACCAUCCACUUCCUGAAGACCCUGAAUGCAUAUGGGGUGGAUCCAGCCCGGGUUGUGAUCUGUGGUGACAGUGUGGGAGGAGGCAUAGUCUCGGUUAUUUGUCAAAAGCUUGUGAAGAGCCCUGAUCUCCCCCAGAUCCGUGCUCAGAUUCUGAUCUAUGCUGGUCUCCAUGCCCUGGAUUUCCAACUCCCUUCCUUUCAGCAGAACAGGAAUGUCCCACUGCUCAGUUUGAAAUAUGCCUUCUACUGCUUGUGUAGUUACCUGGAUUUCAGCCCUUCCUGGGAAAGAACCUUAAUGAAUGGUGCUCAUUUGCCUGUCCAGGUCUGGGAAAAGUAUAGAAAGUGGUUGGGCUCAGAAAACAUCCCAGAGAGGUUUAAGAAGAGAGGUUACCGACCCAUGCCCCGUGAACCCCUGAAUGAAGACGCUUAUCUGGAGACAAGCACCAUUCUGGAUGUGAUGUGUUCACCCCUGAUCGCAGAAGAUGACAUAGUGUCUCGGCUCCCAGAAGCUUGCAUUGUGAGCUGUGAGUAUGACCUUCUCCGGGACCAUUCGCUGUUGUACAAGAAGAGGUUGGAGGAGCUGGGAGUGCCGGUGACUUGGCACCACAUGGAGGAUGGAUUCCACGGAGUGCUCAGCACCCUUGACCUAGGCUUCUUGCACUUCCCCUGUUCCACGAGAAUCCUGGAUGCAAUGGCCCAUUUCAUAAAGGGGUUGUGA